AGAGGCAUAGCGCGUCUUUCGACCGUUCGCCACCGCCGCCGCCGCCGCCCGCGCCGCCGACGAGAUAGAGAUCGUUCGCCGGGGAGAGAUGAUGUCUGGCGGCCCCAGCGACGCGACCCACCGGAAGCGGCGGCGGAGGCGGGGGCCGAAGGGCUCGGGGGUCGACGGGCCCUCGAUCCCCAGGGCGGUCACGACCAACGGAGCAGGUCCCGAAGAGGAGGAGGUGGUGGAAGGGAAGGCUAUGGAGUUGGAUGCGGGGAUGAGCGCUGCCGAGGUGGGAGGCGUGGUUGGCUCGCAUCUCAGCGAGACACGAUUUGAUCAAUGUCCUGUUUCUCCGUUGUCAUUGAAAGCAAUCAAAGAUGCUGGAUAUGAAAAGAUGACCCAGGUGCAGGAGGCAACUCUGCCAAUAAUCCUUCAAGGUGAAGAUGUUCUUGCAAAAGCAAAGACAGGGACAGGAAAAACUGUUGCCUUUUUGCUUCCAGCCAUUGAACUUCUCUCUACAUUACCUCGUUCUCCAUCUAUAAAUUUGCUUGUGAUAUGCCCCACAAGGGAGCUAGCAAACCAAGUGGCUGCUGAGGCCAGGAAGCUUCUCAAGUAUCAUCGCUCACUGGGUGUGCAGGUUGUAAUUGGCGGCACAAAAUUACCUCAAGAACAACGAAGCAUGCAAUCUAAUCCUUGUCAGAUUCUUGUUGCUACACCGGGAAGGCUUAAGGAUCAUCUUGAGAAUACACCUGGUUUUUCCAACCGAAUUAAAGGGGUGAAAGUUCUUGUUCUUGAUGAAGCUGACCGCCUAUUGGAUAUGGGAUUUAGAAGAGACAUUGAGAAAAUUAUUGCUUUCAUUCCUAAAGAACGACAGACACUUCUUUUUUCUGCUACUGUUCCAGAAGAGGUUCGUCAAAUUUCGCACAUUGCAAUGAAGAGGGGUUACAAGUUCAUUAAUACUGUUAAAGAGGGUGAUGAGGAGACACAUUCACAGGUAAGUCAGAUGUACAUGGUUGCACCACUUGACCUGCACUUCUCUAUAUUGUACAAUGUACUGAAGAAGCAUAUCGCAGAAGAUGCAGACUACAAAGUGAUUGUAUUCUGUACUACUGCAAUGGUCACCAAACUUGUUGCUGAAGUUCUUUCCCAGCUGAAACUGAAUAUAAGAGAGAUCCAUUCGAGAAAGUCGCAAUCAGCAAGAACUAAGGUCUCAGAUGAAUUUAGGAAAUCAAAGGGUCUGAUAUUAGUGAGUUCUGAUGUAUCUGCUCGUGGUGUUGAUUAUCCUGAUGUCACCCUUGUCAUACAGGUUGGGCUGCCAGCUGAUAGAGAACAGUAUAUACAUAGACUUGGUAGAACUGGACGGAAAGGCAAAGAUGGGCUAGGUCUCUUACUGUUGGCUCCCUGGGAAACAUACUUUCUGAAUAGCGUUCAGGAUUUGUCUGUAUCACAAGCUGUGGUACCUACAAUUGAUUCGAGCAUUCAGACAGGAGUCAAAGAUGCACUCGGAAGAGUGGAGACAAAGAGCAAGGAAUCAGCCUACCAGGCAUGGCUAGGGUACUACAACUCAAACAAGGCUAUUAGUCGAGACAAAUCCAGACUUGUUAGGCUCGCAGAAGAGUUCAGCCAGAGCAUGGGUCUUGCAAUUCCGCCUGCCAUACCCAAACUCAUUCUUCGAAAAAUGGGCCUUAACAAUGUUCCUGGGCUGCGAUCUGUGUAACCCUUGUGCUGAAGGUUGACAAUUUUUUUACUGCCCCCCAAGUUUGACAACCUCAGUUCUAAGAUGACUGCUGCAUCCUUUUUUUGAAGCCAGCUCUUGACCAAUCUAUUAUCACCACCGGGCAGGUUCAAAGCUGAAAUGAACCCAGUGAUCCUUCAUAUAGGAGUAACUAUUUUUUUUCACAGUUGUACUGACCUACAUCAUGUGGGAGCAUAUUUUUUUCCUUCACCAUAACUACACUGGGCCCCAAGUCCUCCCGAGUAUGGAAAAUGAAAUGUACCUGUUCUUGCGGCGCCACAAGACGCCACACCACAUAAGCAGUGGCGUAAUAUAAUGCAGUCAUAUUGUUACAUUAUAUAUCAACUACUCGUAAUAGUAGAAUCAUUAUCUUGUUUCAA